CAGAUAUACAACAAAUCAACCCAAACACGGCCUUACACGCGGUAGCCCGGCAAGCUCACAGCGACUAGGGAGACGCUGCAGUAACUGAAGAAACUCAGAGAUAAAGAUGAUGAUGAUGAUCGCUCAAGCGUCGAUUUGUAAAACGAGGCUUCCUUCUCUACUUAGCACCACUUGUAUGCUUCAGCCUCGUCUUUCUCGUCAGCUAAGCACGGGGGCGAAUGAUGUUGCUGCUAGGUUGAACAGCUCCGGUUUCUUCCGCACUCAAGGAUUGAUUGGGGGGAAAUGGGUCGAUGCAUAUGCAGGGAAAACUAUAGAGGUGAACAACCCGGCCACCGGAGAAGUUAUAGCCAAUGUUGCAUGCAUGGGUACUAGAGAAACGAAUGAUGCAAUAUCUUCAGCAUAUGAUGCAUUUAAAUCUUGGAGCAAGUUCACCGCUGCUGAAAGGAGUAAAUGCUUGAGGAAGUGGUAUGAUUUAAUAAUGGCCAAUAAGGAACAGCUUGGUGAGCUAAUAACAUUAGAGCAAGGAAAGCCUCUAAAAGAAGCCAUAGGCGAGGUAUCUUAUGGGGCUAGUUUCCUUGAGUUCUCUGCCGAAGAAGCUAAACGUGUAUAUGGCGAUAUAAUUCCAUCGCCUUUAGCAGAUCGCCGCCUUUUUGUUUUGAAGCAGCCUGUGGGUGUUGUUGGUGCUAUUACUCCUUGGAACUUCCCUUUGGCUAUGAUCACUCGGAAGGUUGGUCCUGCCCUUGCUGCUGGCUGUACAGUGGUCAUAAAGCCCUCCGAAUUCACUCCUUUAACGGCUUUGGCAGCAGCGGAGCUUGCACAUCAAGCUGGAGUUCCACCGGGUGUUGUAAAUGUAGUUAUGGGGAAUGCUCCUGAAAUCGGGGAUGCAUUACUUGCAAGUACUCAGGUAAGAAAAAUCACAUUCACAGGCUCAACGGCUGUUGGCAAAAAACUGAUGGCAGGUGCUGCUGGGACUGUUAAGAAGGUGUCUCUUGAACUUGGUGGGAAUGCACCUUGCAUAAUUUUCGAUGAUGCAGACAUUGAAGUGGCAAUUAAAGGGACUCUGGGGAGUAAGUUCAGGAAUAGUGGGCAAACAUGUGUCUGCGCAAAUAGAAUACUGGUGCAAGAUGGUAUUUAUGAUAAAUUUGCAAGUGCUUUGGCUGAUGCUGUCAAAAAUUUGAAAGUUGGGGAUGGUUUCAGUGAAGGAGUGGUUCAGGGCCCUCUUAUAAAUGAAGCUGCAGUGCAGAAGGUAGAAACAUUGCUGCAAGAUGCUGUCUCAAAGGGAGCGAAAGUACUUCUUGGCGGAAAAAGACAUGACCUUGGAUUUACAUUUUAUGAGCCGACAAUAAUAAGUGAUAUCAACAAUGAGAUGCGCAUCUCAAGGGAGGAAGUGUUCGGUCCCGUCGCCACACUUUUGCGGUUUAAGACAGAAGAUGAAGCUAUCUCCAUUGCUAACGACACCAAUGCAGGCCUAGCUGCUUACUUUUUCAGUAGCAAUGUUCAAAGGACUUGGCGAGUAGCAGAAGCUUUGGAAUAUGGAAUUGUUGGAGUCAAUGAAGGACUAGUUUCGACAGAGGUGGCUCCAUUUGGUGGGGUAAAGCAGUCUGGGCUAGGCAGGGAAGGUUCCAAAUAUGGAAUGGAUGAAUUUUUGGAAAUGAAGUACGUUUGCAUGGGCAAUAUGAGCUAAGGUGGAAGCUAGAGGUACUCGUAUACAAAGUUGAGUAGAAUUGAAAAUAAGUGCUUUUUGCACAUUGUUUGCGAGUAAUGUUGUAAUUUAAACACUCAUUUCUUUGCCAUGCUUUGUUCUUUAUCUUUCUUGUUAUCCAUGUACUUUCCGGUUUAUGUUUCA